AUUGUCUAGCGCCUUGCAAAAAACAAACAUGGCGGGUCUUGUGGCAGACUAUAAUAGCGAAAGUGAGGAUGAAAGUUCAGGCGAUUCUUCCUCAGAAAGCGAUGCUACAAGUAGCGAUGAGCAAGAACAUGAUAUAAAGAUUGAUAAAGCGCAAGAGAAGUUACCAUUACCGGACAUUUUAAGCGAAAAACCUCAAAAUUCACGAACUAAAUUUGGUUCUGUCAAAAUGGACGACCAUUCAGCUUCGGUGUUUUUUAAUCCAUUCAAAGCAAAAGAAGACGAAAAAUUAGCGAUCCUUGAAAGGCAUGUGAAAUUAACUGAACGUAAAGACGAAACAAAAGCUGAAAAGCCCAAGUUUAGGCGAAGUAAAAACGCUCAAAAGUUUCCAAGAAGACAAAAUUUUAAUGGACAAAAUCAAAGAAAUGACGACGACGAUAGUGGUUUUAGCCAAAAGACAUUUGAAAAACGCAAACGAAGGGUUGGAGUAAGCGAUUCUCUUAUUCCACCCAAAAAAGCAAUGCAAGCUUACGAGAAACAGAGACGCGACGAGACGCCUAGAUGAUAAAUUUUAUGUACUUAUACUUAUGUGUAAUUAUAUAUGUAUACAAAUUGUAUAAUUAUUGAAAUGCUUUUCAAUCAGUAUGUUAUUUUAAGAUUAAGAUUGCAUGGUGGUUUUCAAUCAGUAUGUUAUUUUAAGAUUAAGAUUGCAUGGUGGUUAAUAUGGUUGAUUUGUUUUUGUCAACAACAACACGGUAUUUAUUUGGCAUGGCAUGGCAAAGCAGGCUCCUCUGCUCCUUAAGUAUUUACAAAUAACUUACAUGAAGUUUCCUAAACAAAAGUGAGCGCGCGCGGAGUGAUGGGAAGAUUGGACUAGAAACUUCACGUAAGCCUCUGUGGAGGAGAAAGAUGCAGGAUCUUCAUCAAAUCGUUU